AUGUUCCGCUAUGCUCGCAUCAAUCGUAAAAAGGGUAAAUGGCUCAAGAUCGAGUGUCGUGAAGAAUCAAAGUCCGGGAUCAUCAACGCUGUGCCAGAGUCAGGCCAGCGUUGA